UGUACAGUGGGGUUUAUGGAACAGAACUCACAUGUGAAAUUUUUAUUGGGCCUGUUUAUUAUCAGCGCCUUCGCCACAUGGUUUCAGACAAAUUUCAGGUCCGGUCGACUGGUCCAGUCGACCAGAUUACCAGACAGCCUAUUAAGGGAAGAAAGCGUGGUGGAGGUAUUCGUUUUGGAGAAAUGGAACGAGAUUCAAUGCUUGCCCACGGAGCUGCAUACUUGUUGCAUGAUAGGCUCCAUACUUGCUCUGAUUAUCACAUUGCUGAUGUAUGUUCUAUAUGUGGGAGCAUUCUAACGACACAUUACCAACCACAGAGGCGAAUAGUGCGUGAUAUUGGUGGAUUACCUCCUGUGAAGGCUCCCAAAAAAGUGGUAUGCCAUGCAUGCCAAACAAGCAAAGGGAUAGAAACUGUUGCAAUGCCUUAUGUCUUUAGAUAUUUAGCUGCCGAAUUAGCAGCUAUGAACAUAAAAAUGACCCUCCACUUGAAUGAUGGAGCAUGACACCUUUUGCAGUUCGAACAGCGCAUUUAUCUACACGACCAAGUGUUGGCACAAUUUCGGCCUCCCUCGGGUCCAAGCUGUUGACAGGAACCAGGUACAUGGCUUUGUGCAAUUCAUGAUGGAUGAGGAAUUCGAACAGCUGCUAUAUCUUGAAUUAGAAAGGUAUGAAUGGCGUCCUUGUACAUGUAUUCAUACUUCCAUUGACAAGUUUUUUCUUCUCUUCACAAGUAUAUUUAAUCGUGGUGAUCUCAUCAUCCAUUCUGUUGUCAUAUUUUGUGAUUUGAAACUCGUAAUUAUGAAAAGAUUGUUUCCUUCUCCUCAA